AUGCGAUGCAGUGGCAAACGGAAGCUGCCUGGCACUGUGCAGGCAUGGUGCGUCCUGCUGCCCCCUGGCCAUGCCGUGCGGCUGCAGGGGGAACUAGUAAGAAAGUUGAAAGAGGAGAAAGCUCCCCAGGUGGAUGUAGACAGAGCUGUAGCAGAGCUCAAAGCUCGGAAGAAGACCCUAGAAGCCAAGGAACUGGCUUUGCAACCCAAAGAUGAUAUUGUGGACAGAUCUAAGAUGGAAGAUACCUUGAAACGGAGAUUUUUCUAUGAUCAGGCUUUUUCUAUUUAUGGAGGUGUUAGUGGCCUUUAUGACUUUGGGCCUGUUGGAUGCGCUUUGAAGAACAACAUUAUCCAAGCCUGGAGGCAGCACUUUAUCCAGGAGGAGCAGAUCCUAGAGAUAGACUGCACCAUGCUCACCCCAGAGCCAGUCCUGAAGACCUCUGGCCACGUAGACAAGUUUGCUGACUUCAUGGUGAAAGAUGUGAAGAGUGGGGAGUGCUUUCGUGCUGAUCAUCUCUUGAAAGCUCACUUGCAGAAGCUGAUGUCUGACAAGAAAUGUACAGCUGAGAAGAAGGCAGAAAUGGAAAAUGUCUUAACACAGCUGGACAACUAUGGUCAGCAAGAGCUUACAGAUCUGUUUGUGAAUUACAACGUGAAGUCUCCUAUAACAGGGAAUGACCUGUCCCCACCUGUGUCUUUCAACCUGAUGUUCAAGACCUCUAUUGGGCCUGGGGGAAACAUGCCAGGUUAUCUGAGGCCAGAAACUGCACAGGGAAUUUUCCUCAACUUCAAGCGUCUAUUGGAAUUCAAUCAAGGCAAACUGCCCUUUGCUGCUGCCCAGAUUGGAAACUCUUUCAGAAAUGAGAUCUCACCCCGUUCAGGCCUCAUUAGAGUCAGGGAGUUUACCAUGGCAGAAAUCGAGCACUUUGUGGAUCCCAACGAGAAGCAGCACCCCAAGUUCCAAAACGUGGCAGAUCUCCGCAUCCUGCUCUACUCUUCCAAAGCCCAGGUCAGUGGGCAGUCUGCCCACAUGAUGUGUCUGGGAGAUGCUGUUGAGCAGGGUGUAAUCAAUAACUCAGUUUUAGGUUAUUUCAUCGGCAGAAUCUACCUCUUCCUUGUAAAGGUUGGCAUAUCCCCAGACAAACUGCGCUUCCGACAGCAUAUGGAGAAUGAGAUGGCUCAUUACGCCUGUGACUGCUGGGAUGCAGAAUCCAAAACCUCGUAUGGGUGGAUUGAGAUUGUUGGUUGUGCUGAUCGCUCUUGCUAUGACCUCUCCUGCCACGCCAGGGCCACCAAAGUUCCUCUUGUAGCCGAGAAGCCUCUGAAAGAACCCAAAACAGUUAAUGUUGUUCAAUUCGAGGCAAAUAAGGGAGCCAUUGGCAAGGCUUACAAGAAGGAUGCAAAGCUGGUGCUAGAAUAUCUUUCCAUCUGUGAUGAGUGUUACAUCUCCGAGAUGGAAAAGCUGCUGAAUGAGAAAGGGGAAUUUACUGUUGAAACUGAAGGGAAAACCUUUAAUUUAACAAAUGACAUGGUCAGUGUGAAGAGAUUCCAGAAAACAGUGCAUGUGGAAGAAAUCAUCCCAAAUGUGAUCGAACCCUCCUUCGGCAUUGGGAGGAUCAUGUACACGGUGUUUGAACAUACAUUCCACGUCCGGGAAGGAGACGAGCAGCGCACGUUCUUCAGCUUCCCUGCCGUUGUCUCACCAUUCAAGUGCUCCGUCCUUCCUCUGAGCCAAAAUCAGGAAUUCAUCCCUUUUGUCAAGGAACUCUCUGAAGCACUCACCCGGAACGGCAUCUCCCACAAAGUGGACGACUCCUCAGGGUCCAUCGGCCGGCGCUAUGCCAGGACGGACGAGAUCGGCGUGGCUUUCGGCAUCACGAUCGACUUCGACACGGUUAACAGGACACCUCACACGGCCACACUCAGAGACCGUGACUCGAUGCGUCAGAUACGGGCUGAGGUCUCUGAACUUCCGACCAUAAUCCGUGACCUGGCAAAUGGCUGCAUAACUUGGGCCAAUGUGGAGGCCAAGUAUCCGCUCUUUGAGGGACAAGAGACUGGCAAAAAGGACACAAUAGAGGAAUAGACUAUGAACCUGACACGCACCCUAUCAGAUGCCCACUUUUUACUGUUCAUGUUAAUAUGAAAUAAACUUAUCAUGUGUAUUAUUCAAAGCUGCAUUGAUUGUGCACCCAGGGACUAUUUGGUUUUAUUUGUUUCCUCAAUUGCUGCCUGAUUUUAACUUCAAACUGAAAUAAUUGCAAUUAAAGCUAAAGGUGUUCUGAAUAAACACGCCAUUGCAUAUGCUUGC